AUGGCUUACUCAACCAUCGACCUCGAACAAGAACAACGCGACUAUGACCAUCAGGUCGCUCAGGUGAAGAAAUGGUGGACGGAGCCCAGGUGGAAGAAGACCAAGAGGCCUUACAGCGCCGAGGAUGUCGUCAAGCAGCGUGGAACGGUCACGAUUACUUACCCCGCCAACCAACAAGCCAAGAAACUCUACUCCCUCCUCGACAAGCGUUUCAAGGAGGGAACGCCGUCUCACACGUUCGGUGCUCUCGACCCGAUUCAUGUUACACAGAUGGCCAAGUAUUUGGAGACGGUCUAUGUCAGUGGCUGGCAAUCUUCCUCGACUGCGUCGACAUCCAAUGAGCCUGGGCCGGAUUUGGCGGAUUAUCCUAUGGAUACGGUGCCGAAUAAGGUCGAGCAUUUGUUUAUGGCACAGUUGUUCCAUGAUCGCAAGCAGCGCAGUGCGCGUCUCGGAUUGUCGCCGCAAGACCGCGCAAAGCAACCCUUCAUCGACUUUUUGCGUCCGAUUAUAGCGGAUGCAGAUACCGGCCACGGAGGUCUUACCGCCGUGAUGAAGUUGACCAAGAUGUUUGUCGAGCGUGGAGCCGCGGGGAUUCAUAUCGAGGAUCAAGCUCCGGGUACGAAGAAGUGUGGACACAUGGCCGGUAAAGUCUUGGUGCCUAUUAGUGAGCAUAUCAACCGUCUCGUGGCGGCGAGGUUGCAGUGUGAUAUCAUGGGUGUUGAUUGUGCCGUCGUUGCGCGUACGGAUUCGGAGGCUGCGACGUUGAUUACGAGUACGGUUGAUAAGAGGGAUCAUGCCUACGUUCUUGGAUCUACGAACCCGGACCUCAAGCCGCUUGUGGAUCUGAUGGCGGAGGCGGAGGAGAAGGGCUUGAAUGGCGAAGCGCUCCAGAAGAUUGAGGAUGAUUGGACGGAGAAGGCGGGGUUGAGGUUGUUUGAUGAUGCGGUUCGGGAGGCGAUUGAGAGGUCUGUUACCGCUGCGAACAAGGACGGUGUGUUGAAGAAGUAUGAGCAGUUGGCGAAGGAUAAGACCAUUGUGGAGAAGAAGGCGAUUGCAAAGUCGAUUACGGGUGCUGAUGUCUACUGGGACUGGGAUGCGCCCCGUACGAGGGAGGGGUAUUACAGGUACCAGGGUGGAACGCAGUGUGCGAUUAACCGCGCUGUCGCUUACGCACCUUUCGCGGAUUUGUUGUGGAUGGAGACCAAGAAACCGAUUCUCUCCCAAGCGAGGGAGUUCUCGGAGGGUGUGCAUGCUGUUUGGCCGGAACAGUGGCUAGCAUACAACCUCUCCCCCUCCUUCAACUGGGCCGCCGCGGGUCUCUCUCCCGAGGAGGAAAAGGCUUAUAUUUGGGAAUUGGGCAAGUUGGGAUUCGUGUGGCAAUUCAUCACGCUCGCUGGAUUGCACACGACUGCAUUGGCUGUCGACACCUUUGCGAGGAGGUAUGCGGAGGAAGGCAUGAAAGCUUACGUCGAGAUGGUGCAGGAACCUGAACGCGAGGCUGGGGUUGAGGUUUUGACGCAUCAGAGGUGGAGUGGGGCGGAGUAUGUUGAUGGGUUGUUGAAGGUUAUUGGCGGGGGGGUUAGUUCGACCGCGGCGAUGGGGAAGGGGGUUACGGAGGAUCAGUUUAAGUUUACGAAGAAGUAG